AUUUCUACUGCUCAUGAUGGUGGGGGUUGGUGGCGUUGGGUGAGAAGGAGGAGGAGGUGGUUAUCUUGUCUCUGUGUACAUCUACCACCUAUCACCUUCUUGCUGCACUGUCUCUGACGCAUGUUUGCAGGUCGCACACACACACACAUGGGCUAACGAUGUCGAGGAGGUGCGGCAAUGCGGGUGGGCGAUCGUGUGCAUCGACGCCCAGGGCUGGCCCGUGCGGGCCCGUUUCGGGAGCCUUCCGGGGCGGUGGCAGACCACGGGACGGGCAGAGCGGCACGCUGGCCUCCAAGCUCUGCGCGCCAAUCCCAACCUCACCUUGCUCGUCACUGACUUGCAGGGCUUCGCCGAUGAGGGCAACGCGUGGGACCCCCAGGCCGCGGGCUCCAGCGGCCGUCAUGCUAAGCUUUGGAGGGAUAUCUUCAACGUGGUCCAGGCUCGAAGGCCGCCUGCCUUUCUCUGGUGCCCUGCGCACAAGACGGUGGAGGAUCUGAUGGGGCGCACCGACAUCGACCCGAUGCACUGGAUAGGCAAUCGUUGGGCCGAUUGGUUCGCGCAGCUGGGCGUCAGCUCGGUCGCCAUCUCCCCGGACUUCGCGAAGACGCUCCAGCGCCGCAUGGAAGACGCGAUCAACAUGGCGAAGUUCAUGGCUUGGGGAGUCUGCCGCAUUUCUGAGACCCAGGCGUGGGAACCUCAGGAGCACGAGCCGAAGCUGCCGCCUCGUGUCAAGGCGGCCCGAACUCCGCAAAUUAUCAUCAUCCAACACGACUACGUGGAGGAGAACGGCACCAUCCGCUGCAUGCGGUGCAAUUGCACGGCAGCGACCUACGAGAGCAAGCGCCGGCUCGACUGCCAGCCCUGCAGGGCCACGGCGCUCUCCCGGUUGCAGGCGGCUGCAGCAAGCAGGGUCAGCGGGAGCACGACGCCCUCUCAUUAUUUCGGCGACCAGGCCGAGGGCGAUGACCAGCGAGAGGCCCAGCAGCGCAAGGUGAAGUACCUAUUGGAGGCCGCUCGGGGACCUGGCAUGGCGCCCACGGAGGACGCCCCCGCUCCGCUGUCGGGCGGGGGUGACGGGUGGCUCGCGCCGGGUACGCUCGCCCUGGAGGCGCCGCCGCAGGAUGUUGCCCAGGCCAGUGCCGGGCUGAUUGAGGAGCUUGCGGACGACGAGCUGAUGCUCGUGGAGGCGGCAGGCCCCGUAACGGUCUGGACGUCCGGACUGGUGCCUGCAGAGGCGGAGCCCGAGGCGCUCCCCGAGGCGGAGCAGGCUAUGGCGUCCGCGGCGCGCCCCCGUGCAGCGCCGGCUGGAGGUGAUGCUGAUGGCGUGGCUGGCAGUGGCAACGCCAGCCGGGGAGACGAUGAUGCUGCAGACGUCAGCGCUGGCCGCGGCAUGGAGGUGCCAGCACUGGCCGGGGCGCUGGCUGCCGGGGCCGCCGUGGCUGCGGCUGGGCAGGCGUCGGCUGCCGCUGCUCCGCCAGCAGCGGCUAGGCCGCGUCGCGUCGGCAGGAAAAGGGCACCAGAUGAUGCAGACGGAGCUGCUGGAAAGCCCCCAAGCCAGCGGGCCAAGGUGCGAGGCGACGCCGCCGCCUCCCGGGAGCUCCCGCGCCUCAGAGGAGCGGCCGCGGCGCACCAGCCUGGGGAGCUGCCGGCCGAGGAUGGCGCUGACGAGAGCGAGGGGCGGAAAUGUUACUUAAGACCGGCUUUUUCCUUAAUGGCCGCUUCUGCUAGGCAGGUCGUUGGUGGAACCUCCGACUCCUCCCGCAGCCUCGCGGGGUGCGACCUCCGGCAGGCGGCGUCCGAGGUGAACGAGGCGCCACUUAGAGCCUUGCAGCGUCGUGCGCGCAUGGUGCCGCCGUCGAGGGAAAAGAGCAAUUCUGCUUCCCCUCCUCUAGCGCCGCCGCCCGCUGCUGCUUCAGUCGAGGGUGGGGGGGCGGUGAGUGUGGGGGAGGGUGGUGCUGGACGAGGCCCGGAGCAGCCUCCGGCAGGUCUUCCUGCAGACCCCAGCCCCGUGGCGGAUAACGCCCAUGAGCUGGUCUUGCGUAGCCCGUUUGUGCUGUGCAGGCGGUGCGGGGCGUACGUCUCCGCAGAGAGGGGUGCCAAGAGGCUGAAGGACUUGUGCCCGGGCCCCCUCCCGCCUCUCGACAGGUGUAGCCCUGCGGAGCGCGAGCGGCGCAGACGCCGCGAGAAGCUCCUGCAAGGCCUCCAUCCCACCUCGGGUGCGAGCCUGGGGGCUUACCCUGCUAGUCGGCGCGGGUCUGACUAGAUGUUGGGGGCCUCAGUGGCCCGCUGGCCGGACGGCUAGCUCAGUUUACGGCUCACGGUCUGUUGUUUCUGCGGAGCUUCAGGACGUGGCGCGCCAGGGGGAUCGACACACAC